CAGGCCCCGUCGUAUCACGCCGCUAACGUCAACGCACACCCAUCUCACUCUUCGUAUCGUACUAUCCUCACCGCGCCCAUUGUUUAACGUGUACGCAUUGUCCUGGACGUUUGGCUAUCCCAUCCUCGUCGUUGCUCAAAGAUGCGAGCCCCAGGUUGAUCGGAGCCCAGCGUAUCCUGAUUGCCGGUCGACUGAUCCACACGCUGUGCAGCCACUCAAUUCAAGCGACGCGAUAUCGUUUGGGAGUAUUUGGGGAUAGCGACGUCGAGCUCUGCCGCUGUCGGAAGCAGAGGAGAAGAAGUAGUAGGCUUGGGGCCUGAGCAGCGGCAGGGUACUUUCACAUGUUGCACUCCAUCGACAUGCCUUCCUUCCUGGCUGAGGAUGCUAUACCUCCCACCUCUGGAAUCAACGGCUCGCAUUCGAGCUUCCACACUCGCAAGUCGGUUGAGCGCACCCAUUCUGGAACGGGAUCGUUCAAGGACGGCUACGGAGAUAAGCGGGCCAACGGCGAGCUGGUCAAUGGUGUCAAUGGCAGCGGUGACGGUAUGCAUCUCGCCAAUGGCCAUCGCACACGCGACGAGAAGAGGAGCAUGGAGAAUGGUGGGCCCGUAGAGCCUGUACCCCGACGGAGCCGUGCAAGCCAAGAGCGAGAGAAGCCGGUCGGCUUAGAUAGGCUCUCCACGCGAGACGACGGCUACUUUGCCAGCGUGAGCACCGCAAAGGUCCAGGAGGGCUGGUUCUCGAACAAAGUCUCGCUGGACAUGAAUGGCAUUGAUGGCGCCGUCUACGAGAAGCGAGAAACGUCCGCCUCUCGAGACGAAGGACGGAUAGAGAGGAAGUCCAUCGCAGAUACUACGGGGCGAUCAUCCGGUGACAGGACAUCGGAAUCUCUAAGGCCUUCGAGGGAACAACCACAUAGGAUAUCAGCCCCGCCUGCUCCCUCGAGCCACUCGGCUCAAAACCUCCUUCCACCAAACAAGCUGCAGCAGCGGCAUACGCUCGAAGUUCCACGUGUGUCUACCUCCCGUUUAUCAAAAGAGACAACAAACACCUUUGCAACCGAAGAGGCAGUCGCAACUGGACGAUUUUCGCCAAGCACGCCCACGCGGCGCAGGAACUCUAUAUCCCUAGUCCGCAGAGUCACCCGAUCCAUCCACUCGGACGUCUACCUCGAUGACCUUCCUCAGGAUCCAGAGGCGGCGGCAUAUACGGAAAUGGUCAAGCAGAAGCGUCAAAGCCGAAGAGACAGGAAACGAGAAGAGGAAGAAGACCGUGUCCUUGUCGGGACGAAGGUUGACCAGAACCACGUCAACUAUGUCAUGGCGUACAACAUGUUGACUGGUAUUCGGUUUACCGUGUCGCGGACAAAUGCAAAAAUGGAUCGUGACCUCACAGACAUGGACUUUGAAGCUAAGCACAAGUUUUCGUUUGACGUGACUGGUGCAGAGCUCACGCCGUCGGCGAAAUAUGACUUCAAGUUCAAGGAUUAUGCGCCGUGGGUCUUCCGACAUCUGCGGGCCAUCUUCAAGAUCGAUCCUGCCGAUUACCUGAUGUCUCUCACCUCAAAAUAUAUCCUUUCCGAACUUGGCUCUCCCGGAAAGUCUGGCAGCUUCUUCUACUUCUCCCGCGACUACAAGUACAUCAUCAAAACCAUUCAUCAUUCAGAGCACAAGCUCCUUCGCUCGAUGCUGAAGGAUUAUUACAGACACGUUCGAGAGAAUCCAAACACGCUGCUCAGCCAGUUCUACGGCUUGCACCGUGUCAAGAUACCGUUUGGCAGGAAGGUGCACUUCGUAGUUAUGAACAACUUGUUCCCGCCACACCGAGAUAUCCACAAGACAUAUGACCUUAAGGGAUCGACCGUGGGCAGACUGUACAAGGAAGAGAAUCUGGUAGAGAAUCCACGAGCUACGCUCAAAGACCUGAACUGGCUGAACAGCAACAACCAUCUAGAGUUUGGUCCUAGGAAAAGAGAGGCUUUCAUUCAGCAGAUGGAGAGGGAUGUCAAACUGCUGCAGAGGAUGAAGAUCAUGGAUUACAGUCUGCUCGUCGGCAUACACGAUUUAAAGCGUGGCAACGAGGAACAGAUUCGCGAGAAGACGCUGCAGGUCUUUCAGCCGGGUGGUGAUAAUGAUGACGCGGAGGACGAUCAACCAUCUGGACCUCUCACACGAACAAUGUCAAAAUUAGAGACAGCUCGAAAGGCCAAAGAGCUUAGACAUACUUUGCGCACUGAGAAGCCCGUGCCGAUGAGCCAGACAACGAGCAAGAUGCCAGAGGAAAUGGAGCAGAGGGAUGUCAAGAAGGGCCAUUAUUUCUACCAAGACGACGGUGGAUUUCGUGCAUCACACGAAGAUGACUCCCCGGGCGAUGUGAUCUACUACCUUGGCAUUAUUGACUGCUUAACACACUAUGGCGCAGUCAAACGUCUCGAACACUUUUGGAAAGCUCUCUCCAACGACGAGAAGCAAAUCUCGCCCAUACCACCUGAACGCUACGGUGAACGUUUUGUGCGCUUUAUAAGCGGUAUCACAAAGUCGCCAGAGCUCGUUGCCCAGGAGAAAGCUAAUGCAGAAAAUGCCGCAGACUCACCUGACGAUGCUAAUACUCAUUCCGCAGGCCGAUUCAGCCGACGAAGAUCCAGCGCACGAGACAGCGAAUCUCGCUCAGCGCCUGGCGUCGGCGAUGAAGAAGAUGUCCUGGCUCGGGCGGAGAGGAGUGCGCAGCAUGCGAGUCGCGAGUUGGAGCGUGAUGAUGCCAGGCCACCCGACAAGAAACUCACCACCACGAGGAGCCCAAGCGCCGAGAGAGGGGAGUCUGGGGGAUUCACGCUUCCUGUUGUUGAGGAAGAGGACAAGAGCACGGGAGGAAGAAGUAAUGACGAGAGAGAGCAGGAUGCUGAGACUGCAGGGAGGUAAAGAGCAGGUCUUUUUCCAUUAAGCAUGACGGGAAUGGGACUUCACGGAAAAGUUUGAUGCGAACCAUCUGCUUUGUGACGAUUCCCCUUGCCACGUGCCAGACAAUCCCGCGAGGAAUCUGGCACUUUCAUUAUUUUUUUUCCCCCACCUUAACAUGUACGCUUCUGGUCGAAGCUGCCCAUAUCCAUGGAUGGGCAUAUCUCCUAGUGUCUGGAAACCCCAUUUCUCCUUUCUCAUGUCAUUUUCACACGCGUCAGCGUACCAUCCGCCAUCAUAUUUUCCCACUCGCGAUCACCGACAUCAACCUUUUCUUUUGAACAACUACUGCUAGCUCCAGCUUGCGAGCAUCUCCUAGUGUUUGUUGUGGAUACCAAGGAGCAUUGCGUUGAGGGGCCCUUUUUAUGACGCUUGCAUUAUACCAUGAACUGGGCGCAUGGCUGCGCCUUUCGAUAGAGACGGCUGGCUUUUCUAAUUAUUUUUUUCCUUUAUACUUUUUGUCCUCACAUUCUUAUCGCGUGUUUCUUGCUUCCCCUCAAAAAAAUUUUUUUUUCCCUUUUGGCUUUAUGUAUCUAUAGUUUUUGCGAUUCUUGAAUACAAUGAUAGAAGACCAUUGUCAUA